GAAAAAAAAUGUUAAAAAAAUUAACAUGUUCAAAAGAAAAACAAAAAGUAUGAGAUAGUAAUCACAAACCUUAAUGAUUGUGUUUAAGCAAGCAUCUUUGCAGUAGCAAACCACAUGCAAAAGUCUUUUAGGUUGAUCUACAAAUCUCAGGCUUCACGAGACGAAAAAGAUAGGGUCCCCUCCUCUACACACCUCAAUGAGAAGUUAGAUGAAAUUCAAUUAUCAGACUUUGGUGUGUAAUCCAACAACCUCCAUAAUCUUUUUCUUUUUCCUUCAGCUUCAAGACUCAUUAUCAUUACCACUUUACUCACUACCCCACACAACUUCAACUCAAUCACCGGUAAGACAGUGACUUAAAAAAAGACAGAGCAUGGACCCAAACAUCAGCAGAAAUAGAACAAGAAUUGGCGUUGGAGGAGCCGUUGUUGCUGCAGGCUCUGUUUGGGAAGCGAGAAUGCAGAGCAAUGACGAAGCUAGUGUUAAUAACGCCAUUGUUAAAGCCGUUGACGGAGACAAGGAUUGUAACAAGCAGAUGAGCUUAAAGGAGGUUAACGGAAAGCGACCCGCAUGGAAGACAGAUAUGAAGCUCACGAGGCCGAGAUCGAUUGUUUCUACUCCACCGGUGACGCCGAGGAGGUCUAUUGGUGCUACACCUCCGAUGACGCCGAGGAGAUCGGUGUCUAGUGACUUAAAUGAUAAGAGUUUGAGUUUGUCGGUGAAGAAGGCGAGAUCUGAGAUAGUAGAAGGGGGUGAGAAGACUCCGGAUCGGGUUAAGAAGACCCGAUCGGAGGUUUGCAGGGAGAUCGUCAAGUUCGGGGAGUUAGAGACAGUUGCGUUGAGGAAAGUGAGCUCAUUGCCAGCUCAGAGUUUGGAGAAGUCUGAUGAGAAAACAGAGGAUGUGGAUGUAAAAACAGAGGAGACCGUUGAGGAAAAGAAGCAGAUCACAGAGGAGGAAGUCAAAGAUGUCUGUCAGGAGAUAGUCGUCUUCGCUGAUUCGAAAGAAGAUGAGCAGAUUCACAAUGACGAUCACGAGGAGGAAGAAGAAGUGGAGAAGAAGAGUGUUGAUGUGAAAGAGAUGAAUGCACCUAAGGAGGAUAUAAAAAACAGAGUUUGUGAUGUUGAGGUUAAAAAGUACAGUCAAUCUCAAAACAGAGUAGCUCCAUCUCCCUCCGCCGUCCGUAAACUUCCGCCGCCGGUGAUAAAAACGGCAGCUUCGGUUUAUUCGGUCCCACCAAGUACAGGUACAUUUGCGGAGAAAGAAGAGAACUUUACACAUUCACAGAGCAAAUUGCAGAGUUUGGUGGAUCUGGUGAUGUGGAGAGAUGCAUCAAGGUCGGCGCUUGUGUUCGGUUUUGGAACAUUCCUCAUAGUCUCUUCUUCAUACGCCAAUGAUCUCAGCAUCAGCUUCAUAUCAGUGGUAGCGUAUAUUGGACUCAUCUACCUUGGCAUAACGUUUGUAUUCAAAGCCGUGAUCUACAGGGGAGUAGUGGAGGAGGAGAUGCAUAAAAGAGUUGGAGUGAGAGAAGAAGAUGUGAAGAGGAUGCUCAGACUCAUAAUGCCUUACCUCAACGAGUCUCUCCUUCAACUAAGAGCCCUUUUCUCCGGUGAUCCUUCCACCACACUCAAGAUGGGAGUGGUGCUGUUCGUCCUGGCUAGGUGUGGCUCUUCUAUCACUCUUUGGAACCUCUCAAAAUUUGGCUUUCUUGGAGCAUUCACGAUACCUAAAAUCUUCAUCUCCUACUCAACACACUUCUCCGCUUACGGGAACUUCUGGGUGAGGAGAUUCCGGGACGCAUGGGAAUCGUGCAGUCACAAAAAGGCAGUGGCUUUGGCACUCUUCACCCUUGUCUGGAACCUCUCAUCCGUUGUUGCUCGUGUAUGGGCAGCAUUCAUGUUAUUCGUUGCCUUGAGAUACUAUCAACAGAAGAUGUUUUGGGCGACUGAUCAAGAUGAUCUUGAUGAUGAGGAACAUGUAGACGAGGACCACGUAGAGGAAGAAGUAGUUCCUAAACCCAUUCAUAAACCCAAAAGAGGUCCUUAUACGAUGAUGCCUAAUAAACUCAAAAAAAUUUCUUAG